AUGGAGGCCAAGAUUCUGUUGCAGCAAGGCCAUGCCUAUCGUAGUCAAAGAAACCAUAAAAAGGCAAAGGAGAUUUUCCAGAGAGCGUUGAAGAUACAAAUGAAAGAUUUUGGUGGAGAUAGUCUUGAUGUGGCCUUGACGCUCAACUACAUUGGAAAUGUGCUGCAGAGGGAAGGGAGGAGAGAUCAAGCCUUGGAGCAACACAAACGAGCUCUUGACAUACAGUUGAAGAAAGUGGGAGAAAAACAUCUUGAUACAGCAAAUACCUACAAGUACAUUGGUAUUGCACUUCUGAAACAAAAUGACGACGAAAAAGCCGAAGAAACGCUCCGUAAAGCUCUUGAUAUCAUGGACGAUCUGCCGGCAAAAUGUCUGAUUUGA